AAAAGUAAUAGUCUAAAGUACAUACAUGUAUGACGUUUCAUGACUUUCAUGUUGUAAUAUUUGCCUAAUCAUUUCUCCAUGUUAAUUGUAGGGUAUCACAAUCUGAUGACAGGUGCUUGCGUCGGUGACAAAAUGAAAGAAAUAACAUUAAUCGUUGUUUGUUUGGUAAUCACAAUCAUUGAUCCUGUGAAUGGAGGAACAAGCGUGUGCGGAACGAGAAGAUACGAAACUGAUUUGAACAGAUGUUGUAACGGAGCAGUUGCAAGUAAAUCAGACGGUAAUAGUUGCUGCGGAACAAAAGCAUAUGACUCCAGAUUAAGUCUUUGCUGCAAUGGAAAAACGGCAAAUAAAGCAGACGGAACAAAAUGCUGCGAUACUAAAGCAUAUGAUUCCAAUUUGAGCUUAUGUUGCAACGGAAAUACAGUCAGUAAAAGAGAUGGAACAAGUUGUUGUGGUACGAAAGCCUAUAAUCCCACUUUAAGUUUGUGUUGCAAUGGUAACGUUGUAAGCAAACGUGACGGUACGACAUGCUGUGGGACGAAAGCUUAUGACAAAGGUAUUAAAUUAUGUUGCAAUGGAACAGUAGCGAGUAAAACUGAUGGAACAAGUUGCUGUGGUACAAAAGCGUACAACUCAACUUUGAGCCUUUGUUGCAAUGGGAACACAGCCAGCAAAAGAGAUGGUACGAAAUGCUGUGGUACCAAGGCAUACGACCCAAAUUUGAGCAUGUGUUGUGAUCAGGAAAGGGCAAGCAAAUCCGACGGGACGAGUUGUUGUGGUACAAAAGCAUAUAACCCAAAUCUUAGUCUGUGUUGUAAUGGAAAGGCAGUUAGCAAAGGUGAGGGGACGAAAUGCUGUGGUACGAAGGCAUACAAUCCAACUUUGAGUAUGUGUUGUAAUGAAGAAAAAGUAAGCAAGGCAGAUGGGUCGAGUUGUUGUGGAAAGAAAGCAUAUUUUCCUGAUUUGAGCAUCUGUUGUAAUGGAAACACUCAAAGUAAAAGAGAUGGUACGAAAUGCUGUGGCACGAAGGCAUACGACCCAAACUUGAGUAUAUGUUGUAAUCUGGAAAAAGUAAGUAAAUCCGACGGAACGAGUUGCUGUGGAACGAAGGCGUAUUUUCCAAAUUUAAGCCUAUGUUGCAAUGGAAAGACUGUAAGCAAAAGUGAAGGAACCAAAUGCUGCGGCACGAAAGCAUUCGACUCUAACUUGAGUCUGUGUUGUGAUGAAUCAGUGGCUCGGAAAGCUGAUGGUACGAAAUGUUGUGGUACGAAAGCCUACGAUCCUAGGCUAAAGAUGUGCUGUAACGGUCAAAUCUGUUGAACAGGGGAACAUUUCUUUCUACUUUUGCCGAGGAAUAAGAAAAAUUAAAUAAAACAAAACAUUUCAUUGAAUAUAUAUGCAUAUUUAU